AAGGUACCUGAUGGAUAAGAACGGUGACAACUGAAUCGGAAACCUUAGUAGAAGGAGAACAGCUCCGGCGGCAACACACAAGGAGCGGACGAAAGAGGAAAAGGGAGAAAACACUACGGAGAGUGGAUAUUGUUUCGUUACGGAAUACUCCCUAAUUGUGAUGGUAGCGUCGUUGAUAAUGGUAUAGAGCGGUGAUGACAUUGUUGGUGAUGAUGAAAAAUUAAAGGCAAAACAAAUCAUCAGAAGUAAUUAGAUAUCAGCAAAUAAAGUGAAAGUGGGUAUGGUGAGAUUUUGUAGAUACGCAAAAUGGAUUGCACUCUGCGUUAAAUGCUGGGUUACAUUUUGGGGAUUGGUUUUGGGUGCUGUUUGGUUGGCGUUAAAGAAGGUUAUUAGCAGCUCAAGGAGAUCUGGCGCAGUAAUAAGGCCAUUCAAAAUUGCCAGAAAAUUAUGGAGAAGAAUACAAUGGGAAGUUCUGCAGUGGGAGAUGGAAAUCAUUGACCCGCAGCUUAUUAUGUCUGAUGAAACGCUAUAUCAGUCUUUGUUCUCGUGAUAAUUACAGAAAAAUGAAUAUGUGAUUGUUUC